AUGCGGUUUCCCCGAGUUGUGUGUCAAACGGCUCUAGCCACACUUCUUCUGGCAAUCAACUUUGAGCUGAUCGCCGCAUUACGAGAUGUCCGAGUGCGUGUGCCCCAUGCGGUGAGGCGCAACGAGAAGGCGAUUCUAAAAUGCUUCUAUGACAUCGAGGACGACAGCUUGUACUCCGUGAAGUGGUACAAGGGAAGGCGGGAGUUCUACCGAUAUACACCAAAGGAGACGCCGCCAAUGAAAGUCUUUCACUUUCCAGGUGUCAAAGUGAGGCGAAUGUCCUCGAACGAGAGCCAAGUGGUACUCGAUGCAGUUACAAUGGCUACAUCCGGUAAAUACAGUUGCGAAGUAUCUGCGGAUGCGCCCUCAUUUCAUACAUUAAUAGCGGCCGCCGAAUUGGAAGUUAUUGAAACGCCGCACAAUCCGCCAUUCAUAACGGGCAUACGGGCUCGAUAUCGGGUCGGCGACAUAUUGCGAGGUAAUUGCACAUCGCGCCACUCGCGACCGGCGGCCAAUCUCACAUGGACAGUGAAUAAUGAAGAGGUGAAUCCAUCACACGUGCGUCACCACAAAGUUAUUCGAGAAUCCCGCAAUGACCUGGAAUCCUCAAUAGUUGGCAUACAUUUUGUUGUAACCGAUCAGCACUUUGACAAUGGAAAGCUAAAGCUUCGGUGCAGUGCCCAACUGCAUGACAUUUAUUGGAAGACCACCGAAAAGAUUGUUCUCGAGGUGGAUCCUUUCACAAAAUACGGAAAUGGGGCUAAUGGAAAUAGGGUUAGCCCCGACGAGUUCUAUGACCAGUAUACUCUUCACGAGGAAGACCAGUUCCACAGCAAGAAGAGUGGCCUCCUGACGCACCUGCAGGCCUUGUUUUAUUUUGUAUUCCCAGGCGAAGAAGACGACGGCAUGGGCAACGGUGUGGAGGAUGGGGGCGCAGCCUGGCGAGGAGCCGGCUCGUCCAGCUCCCGUCCAAGUCCGUCGUGGGCGGCAGGCGGAGGCGGACUGUUGCUGGCGGCGCUCAGUUGGACGCUCGGCAGGCAAUUAGUGUCGUCGCCGCUGGAUGCGGCGUCAAAGACCGAGAAUGUGUACAACACCUGCAAAGCUCAAAACUCGCGCAGCCAGGGCAACCAAUGCAACCAGGGCCGCCCGGGCAGGAGGCACUGUCAAAUCCGGCGGACACACGCUAUGCGGGUCAUCGCAACAAAGCACAAGAAAGGCCUGCGGGCCUCCGACUGCAGCUGGCAAGGAUGCAGCACCAUCACCAUCAGCACAAACAGAAGCAGCAGAUGCACCCGGCAAUUAACAUGAUUCAAUUGUCACGCAACUCUAGUGCCACACUUCAGGGAUGGAAGGGAUAUGGAGGACAUGGGAUUCAAACCAAAAACAGAAACGGAGAAGGAGACGCUAACGGAAGUAGAGGUGGUCGAGAGAGUCCAGCUGAAUAAGAAAGAAAAGGAUAUGGGAACUAUUUCAGCCCAAGGCCAAGACCCAGAAGCAACUGCAAAAUGUAUCUAAAAUAUUAACACACCUACACUACCACAGAAGACACUCGUUUCAGCUAGCUCAAGUAACUUCAGAGGCAUUUAAGUGAAAAUACAAAAUAAAAUGACAAGAAAAACGCUGCAGCGAUACUUAUUUGUUCACCUUUCCGAGGCGGAGGAGCUAGAGGGUUCGAAAUGGUUUCCGGCUCAUACAAAUUUCAGGAAAAGCUUUAGAGUGUAUGCUUAAUUAAUUAAUGAAAUUAUGAAUUCAAGAUGGACUCCACAAAACUAUUUAUAUUCGAAUGAUUUGAAACCAUUUGGAAGCCGCUCCACCCACUUAGUUUUCGUUUCAUUAGAUGAGUCGAAAAGCCAGAAAACGAAACAUGUUGUGCUAAGCUUUUAAUUCUUAGUUCACUAUACAUUUAUAUAUAUAUUUAUAUAUCAAAGUCAAGAUUAUUUAUAAAUCAUAUAAAUGAUGUUUAUAUAUAUGUAUAUGUACUAUAUAAAGUUAUACUUAAUAUGCCUAAAUGUAUUUGCCACAAAACCAAAAAGCAAACAAACGGCGAAGUUAAGCAAUUAGAUCCUAAGUUUAAAUAUUGCCUACACAUGUAAAAGAAUAUAUGUAUUGUACUUGUAUAUAAUAUAUAAUUGGAACAAGAUAGAAAGAUGGAUAAAAGAUAUGUAUAUUAUAAGUAUUUACGGUAGAUAAUCAAAAUAAA